CGUGCCGGGUUACCGAACACGCAGUUCGUGUAGUUUUUGCGUUUCCAAAGUCACAUGGUUCUGCUUCAAAUUAUAUAUUACAGAUUUAUUAAUUUCUAAUUAUUAUUAUAAAAUUCUUGGGUUUCUCUAUGGUUUCAUUGUUGGAGUGCAUCUAAACAUUUUAAAAUUUUUGUUUAUCCGUAUUAAGUGGUGUAAUCACAAGUUGAUGGUUGUCAGUCGCGUCAUAAUCUAACUCCAAGCUAGUCUUAAGAAAAAUAAUUUGCUCUAGUUGCCAAUAAUAAGUAUGUCCUUUUUACUCUCGUAUUUUUGUUAACGAAAUUGCUUGACAACCAUUCGGUUGUUGCUAUGUCAUACUGAAAUGUCUGAGUAAAGUCAUUGUUACGGAUCGAUAAGAUUUUUAAAUGAUUAGCAUGGAUCCCGUGGUAGUACAAUCUUCAACUGCGACAUCAGUUGUCAUGUCUACCAAGAGUGUGUGCAAUAAAGAGAAUAUACGUACCAAAAAAUAUGUUCCGGCCUCUGACGAUAUUGAUGGUACAGUUAACAAAAUUGCUCAAUGUCAAUCACCUGUGCUAGGGGAAGACAAACAGCUACCAGAUUUAAACAAGUGUGACGAAGGCAGUGAAAACGAAUCUACUAAUAAUGAUAAAAAAAAAUUUGUUGAAGCGCCAUUGCCUAAAACCAACCCAUGGACUGCAAAUAAAAAUGCCGCUCACAUAGUUCGUUCAAAAGAGUCUGUCAAAGAAAAGGAUCCAACUGUAGGAGAGAAAAGGAUUUUGCUACCUCAGCAACAAACUAGUUGUGAUAUGUCAAGUGGUAAAGCCUUAAGUAGCAGUUCUAUUAAAUUCAAUAAAAUCAAAAAGAAUAAAGAGUUAAAUGGUAUUGAAGCCUGGCCUUCAUUAGGAAACACUCAGAGUUCAGAUAAAAAAUAUUUAAAUCAAAGUGAAAAUUCUUCUCAAAAUAUCCAAUCAACUUUGACAAAAAUGAAUAAUGGAACAUCUAUUAUUUCAAAAGAUGUCCAAACAUCUACACGAGAAGUAAAUCCUGUUCAAAAGUCUUGUCAAAAAAAUAAUGGUCUUGAAAAAAAUAAAACAAAUAAUGACCAUUCAAAUACUAAUGAACUGGAAAAUGGAACAAAUUCUGGUCAUUCAUCAUCCAAUGAAUCGAACAAUAUUGAUAAACGAAAAAAAGUGAAACAUUCUAAAUGGACACCUCUUGAUAUUGAAGUAUCUAAGGAAAAUAGUUAUAGGAGUAGAUUAUCAAAAUAUCGUAGGGAUCGAUCAGGUGGUCGAGAUAAAAGUAAUAAUCAAAUUCGGAAUAAAAAUAAUCGUAGAGUUCCUGAUUUAUCAGACCCAACUAUGACAGAUUCUGAUAAACGUGAUGGAGGUCCAAUGCGUUAUCUGCGACACCAACGGUCUCGCAAUAGACAUCAAGAUGAAGAGACUAAAACAAGCACUCAAAAAACAUCAUCAGAUGGAAAAAGUGUUAGUUAUAAUUUUAAAGGAAAUGAUUUAUAUUCAGCUCCGUCCCGUUUGAAUUAUACCCAACCUUAUUGUGAACUAGUUCCGUUUAUGACUUACCCAGUGAUAAAUGAACAGACUGUGAUUAAUCUUCUUAAACAACAAAUAUCUUACUAUUUUUCAACAGAUAAUCUUUGUAAGGAUACUUUCUUCAGGUUUCAUAUGGAUGAACAGGGUUAUGUUCCUGUUACAUUUAUUGCUUCUUUUAAACGCGUUAGAGAACUAAGUCAAGAUAUUAGCCUUGUUAUGAAAGCCAUGAUUGAUAUGGAAGAAUUAGAACUUAAUGGUCAUAUGGUAAGAUGUCGCAAUGAUCCAACCAAGUGGCCACUUAAAGAAAUACCUCAACAGUUUUUGUUUAAAAAUAAUUUAACUGCACAAAAUCCAUUAUUUGCUCAUCCCAUGGGUCCACCUUCUAUUGUUCCACUUAUUUCUCCUGACUUGAUGGUUAAAAAUUUACCUGCUCCUCCUCCUCCUCCAAGUAUACAGAUUGUUUCUGAUCCCCAAGUUGCCAUGAAUCUUAAUCCAGAUGUCCCUGAAUUCGUUCCAAGGAGUGGCCCCAUAGAAUCGAAGACUGAAGACAACUGUGAUACAAUUGACUGUGAACAAAUAAAAAAUAAUAAUGAAAAAAACACUACCAGUGAACAUAUUGAAAUAUCAAAUAAAAUGAAUAGUCAACAUUUAAAGUAUGCUAGUUUAAAGUCUGAUACAAUUCAAGAAGAAGAAUAUGAUAAUGAUACAUACAAAUCAGUAGCUGUUGAAAAUGUAGAUGAUAUUGAAUCGUGGAAAGAAGUUAAGAGACGUUCUAAGACCAAGAAUACUAAUUCCGUGUCCUUGGAAACAAAUGUAUCGUCAAAUUUAUCGAAACGUAAUGUAUCCGAGAAUCUUGUAGAUUGGAAUCUUGGAUUUCAAUUUGAUGAAGACCUUGCUUCUGUUCCAUGUGGAAAGAUAAAUAAAUUUAAUGAAAAUCCAAUUGGUUCGGAUAGUGAUGAAUCUGAUUAUGGUGACAAAGAUGAUUUUGAUGAUAAUGAUAUUGAUAAACUCAUGAUAAUUACUCAAAAAAUGAUAAGUCGUCCUCAAAAAAUUGAAGACCGAUCUCAUGAUAAAACAACCAGAGUUAAAAUGACUCAAGAUCUAGAGCAUGCCAUUGACUUGGGCUUAAGGUUAUAUGAAGAAGAUCUGUGGCAUACAAAUUCUGUGAAUCAACCAUCUUACAAGACUGUUAAUGUUGUUACUCAAGAGGUUUUUGAAAGGCUUGUACCAAAAACUCCAAAAAAAGUUAAUCAGGUUCCUCCGCCUCCACCACCUUCUCUUGCAAUUGAUAAUUUGACUGAAAUUAUGGAAUCUAUAGAGACAAAAGAGGAAAAUGCAUUUAUUCAAGAAAAAGCUCAUACUUCAACACAGACUAAAACUAAAGUUAAAUUUGACUUACAAAAACCUAAUCGUCGUCAUUUCUAUGGUGACAUUGAUGAAUCAUCUGGUCAUAGAAAACGAAGUCGAUUUAAUGUAGAUAGAGAACAUCAUGUUGGAUGGGUGUUAGACUCUCGUGCACACUCUAGACCUCGUACAACAUCAUUUGGUAGUGGAACAUUAGGAACUAGCCCUAACUUGAGUGAAGGCUAUCUUUCUAGCACACCACAAUCAUUACCUACUUUUCACCAUCCUUCUCAUGCAUUGCUCAUGGAAAAUAAUUUUACUCAACAAGCAUAUCACAAAUAUCAUUCGCGUUGCUUAAAAGAGAGAUCAAGACUUGGACCUGGCAUGUCUCAAGAAAUGAACACAUUAUAUAGAUUUUGGUCAUUUUUUUUGCGUGACAAUUUUAAUAAAAACAUGUAUAAAGAAUUUCAAACUAUGGCUGUAGAAGAUGCAAAUAGUGGCUUUAGGUAUGGAUUAGAAUGUUUAUUCCGGUACUACAGUUACGGACUUGAAAAAAAAUUUAGACCUGAAUUAUAUAAAGAUUUUCAAGCUGAAACUAUAAGAGAUUAUGAAAAUGGUCAACUUUAUGGAUUAGAAAAAUUUUGGGCUUUUUUAGCCUAUUACAAAUAUAGCAAAACACUUCAAGUAGAUCCUAAAUUAAAGCAAUUUUUAAAUAAAUUUAAAACUAUUGAAGAUUUUCGUAAAGCAGAAGAGCAAUUACCUAAGAGUGAAGGCUACUUAGACGCAUCUAUGCGGAAAAUGGCACGUAUGAAACGCCAUCGUAGUUACUCUGAAAACUCUACUCUUGAUGCUUUAAAAAUGGCAUCAGAUGUGGGAUUAAAGCCAUUAAAUAUUAUAUCUAAUGUUUCUUCAACAAAUGAUGAUAAUUGGCGUAAAAACUCUGUUUUGCCCAGGAGAAGAUAUUUAUCUGUUGGUGAGAAGUCUGGUGAAUCAAAAGGAUCUAGAACACUAACAAAGGUCACAUUUGAUUUUAAUAAAAAAGGAUCAUCAACAAUUGAUGAAAAUUCAACUGAGUCACCGAAAAAAAGUAAUAUCCCAGAAAAUCGUUGAGUUAGUUAUGUUUUAAAAAGCAUCAGGAUAUAAUAAUAUAAAAAUGAACAUUUGGGGGAAAGAAAAUUCACAUUGAUAUUAUGAUUUAUUUUUUUAUUAAGAUUUUAGACUAUAAUACAUUUUUAUCAAAUAUUUACUUGAUUAGUUAUUAU